AAUGGAUAUGGAGAAAGUGCAGAAUUAUUUCGACCGAUUUUGUUCAUGAUAUUCUAAUCUGAUUUGAGUAAUUGAUCGACUACAUUCACGUGGUAUCGGGAGCAUUCAAUUACUUGCAACUCAGUCACUAUGACCAGUGAGAGUUCGCAAGUGUAUGCAUCGCCUGCGCAGGAGGCAAAGACGGUGGAGGAGUUGCUCAAAAUGCCGGGUAGUACCGAGGUCAAAUUUGGAGUUUUGAUCGGGUUAAUUAAAGUAGAGCAGGUGACAAAUAAAGAAGUCGUGGAUACAUUGCUUCACUUGUUGGUUGGUGGUGAGCUGGACCUUGAAAAUAACUUCAUCAUACAAGAACCUGAAAAUAUCAAGCACAUGCUGCAACUAGUAGACACAUGCAAUCCUACUUUACAGGCUGAGAUCUGGAGCAUCUUCACCGCCAUCUUGCGCAAGAGCACACGUAACCUGCAGGCAUGCACAGAGGUUGGUCUGAUUGAGAAGGCGCUGCAGCAUUUGCAGGAAUCGGAUGAAGUGGUGGGAGAUCUCCUCAUUGACAUGAUGGGCGUGUUAGCAAGUUACAGCAUCACCGUCAAGGAACUGAAACUGCUGUUUGGGUUCCUGAAAGCAAGCAAUGGAAAAUGGCCUCGGCAUGCUGUCAAGCUAAUUUCUGUCUUGAGACACAUGCCACAAAGACAUGGACCGGACGAGUUCUUCAGCUUUCCAGGGAAGACAGGAGCUUGUAUAGCACUGCCCCCUAUUGCCAAAUGGCCAUACCAGAAUGGCUGGACCUUCUCUACUUGGAUCAGGCUGGACCCAGUGUCAGGAGGGAACAUAGAGAGAGAGAAACCAUAUCUGUACACUUUCCGUACAGCCAAGGGCCUGGGCUACUCGGCACACUUCAUAGGAAGUGCUCUGGUUAUCACCGCCAUGAAGAUAGCAGGGAAGGGAUUCCAGCACUGUGUCAAUUUUGAAUUUCAGCCCAAAAAGUGGUACAUGGUCACUCUGGUCCACGUGUACAGGCUAUGGGGGAAGAGUGAAGUCCAAGUGUAUGUUGAUGGUCAGAUGGUGUCCACCACAGAGAUGUCCUGGUUGGUCAGUGGGAAUGAGCCAUUCAACAAGUGCUUUAUAGGCACCACACAUGAGCAGAAAGAAGAGAGCAUGUUCUGUGGUCAGAUGUCCACUAUCUAUAUGUUCAGUGAAGCUCUCCAACCUCAGUACAUAGAUGCUAUAUAUCACCUUGGACCAGCAUAUAAAAGCCAGUUCCGGUUUACCAAUGAAUGUGACACUCAGGGACAUGAGAUCUUAUUUGAUGACAAGUUUCACUCCAGUAUUGUGAUGAUGUACAACCCUAUAGCCUGUGAUGGACAGCUCUGCCUGGAGUCCUCGCCUAAAGGAAACCCUUCCAUAUUUGUCCACACGCCACACGCUCUCAUGUUAGAGGGAGUAAAAGCAGUAGUGACCCACUCCAUCCACAGCACUCUCCACUCCCUAGGGGGGAUACAGACCCUGUUUCCACUGUUUGGUCAGUUAGACUGCGUACAGGAGAGUGCCAGUGAGGAGGAGAAAGUAGAUCACACAGUUUGCUCCACACUUUUGGCCCUCCUUUGUGACUUACUGGAGAGCUCCGUGACUAUCCAGCAGCAGAUGUUACAGAACAGAGGUUUCCUGGUGAUAAGUUACUUGCUGGAGAAGGCAUCACGUGAGCACCUGAGUGAAGAUGUCCUGAACUCUUUCCUGAAGUUGACCAAAUACCUGGUUGGGCUGCCCAAUGGUGGACCACUGUUGAAGCAGUUAUUUGACCAUGUGUUAUUUAACCCUGCUCUCUGGAUACACAGCCCUGUGGCAGUGCAGACCAAGCUGUGGACAUACAUGUCUACAGAGUUUAUUGCUGAUGCCCAAAUCUACACCAACAUCAGACGUGUCAGCGCUGUGCUGCAGACCAUGCAUUCUCUCAAAUAUUACUACUGGGUGACCAAUCCUAAAGACAGGAGCGGCAUCACACCCAAAGGAACAGAUGGGCCUCGUCCUGCCAAAGAAGAGAUCAUUAAGCUGAGAAGCUUGAUGCUGUCCUAUCUGAAGCAGCUGAUCAUGAGGGGGCCUGGGAUAUACGAGGACGAACUUCAGAGUUUGCUGAACUUCCUGACAACAGUGCAUGAGGAUGAAAAUCUGUCAGAUGUGUUGAGUCUUGUUGUGACACUGAUGGCAGAGCACCCCUCCUCCAUGGUGCCUGGCUUUGACAGGAAGAAUGGAAUCAGGACGGUGUUUAAGCUGCUGGCAUCUCCCAGUGAAAUGAUCCGGAUAAAUACACUCAAAUUCUUAGGAUUCUUCCUCAUGAGAAGUACACACAAGCGCAAACAUGACUCCAUGGGGCCAUACAACUUGUUCUCAUUGCUCUCUGAGAGGUUGUGUCUCCAUAGUAACGAGCUCACCAUGAACACAUACAAUGUGCUUUUUGAGGUGUUGACAGAGAGGAUGUCCAAAACUGUGAUUGUAGGCAAACACCCAGAACCAGAUAACAAUUUUAGGAUAGAAAAUUCAUUGAUUUUAAAGGUGGUGGCCACACUAAUAAGACAGUCAAGGCAGACAGAAAGUUUGAUGGAGGUCAAGAAAGUUUUCCUCUCUGAUCUCAUGAUUCUCUGUAAUAACAACAAAGACAACAGAAGAACCAUCCUACAGAUGUCUGUGUGGCAGGACUGGCUGUUCUCCAUGGCCUACACAUACCCCAGGAACCAGGAGGAGAGGAAGAUCACAGGCAUGGUGAUGGCUCUCUUCAAGAUGCUGCUUCACCAUGCCAUUAAGAUAGAGUAUGGGGGGUGGAGGGUCUGGAUUGAUACCCUGGCCAUUCUACAUUCAAAGAUAUCUUAUGAAGACUUCCGUAUCCACAUGAGCAAGGUGUAUCGUCAGUAUGAGCAGCAGCGUGUGGACCAUAUCUCGGACCCCCAGGCCAGGCAGACCCAUCCUGUCAGCACCAUAUCUGGCAUCUCAGAUGAACACACAUACACCAAGCCGGCUCCCAAGAGUACUGUCACUGUCACAGAAAUCAAAGAGAAUGGUGAUACUGGUGCAGACAGCACAGGAUCAACAGAAACAGAACAAAGAGUACAAGAUACAUCAACAAUUGAGGGGAAAGAACAAAUACAAAGUGGAGAUAAAGAACAAGAAGACAGUCCUUCCAAAGUUAGUGAGAAUGCAUCAUCCCCUGUGAAGAGUGUUUCUGAAAUGGAUGGUGCUGAAUUGGAAAAAGGUGUGAGAGAAUUUUUGAAUGAAGUGAUCCAAAAUGCUGUGAAGAAAGUUGAGGAAGAAGGUAAAGAUGGCCAGGAAGGCGGAAACGUUGCUCAGGAGAAGACUGAGGUUUCUGUGGAGAGUGAGAAAGACACACUUGCUGGAGUACAUGACAACAAAGCUGAAAGCCAGGAGCGUAUUGAACAUGAAAGCAGCUCACAGCAGUCACAACCAAAGGAUCAGACAGGAGACAGUGCCAAACAACGCCCUGCUGGCACCAGGGGGCAGCAUCACUUCAGCCCAGGACCAAGAGCGCCACCUUUUAGGAUCCCAGACUUCAACUGGUCCACCCUGCACCAGCUGCUGCUGUCAGACCUGCUGUUUGCAGUGGAACAAGAUGUCCAGGUCUGGAAGACUCACAGCAGCAAGACAGUGUUAGAUUUUGUGAAUGCCUCAGAUAAUCACAUAUUUGUGGUUAACACCAUCCAUAUGAUCUCGCAGCUCGCUGAUGGCCUGAUCACAGCCUGCGGGGGAUUACUACCACUGCUAGCAGCCGCCACAUCCCCAUCAGGGGAGAUGGAGAUCCUAGAAGCCAGCCAUGGUCUGACCUUGGAGCAAGCUAUUUCCUUCCUACAUCGCCUUGUUCACCUGGCAGACAUCAUGUUGUUUGCCAGCACUGCUAGUCUCCCAGAACUGGAACAAGAGAAGAACAUGGCCAGUGGAGGGAUACUCAGGCAAUGUCUGAGAAUGGUUUGUACAGCUGCAGUAAGGAAUUGCCUAGAAUGUCGCCACCGUGAAUUCACCCGUGGCAGGACUAGAACAAGGUCAAGGUCAGGGUCAGUGACCUCCUCCCCCACUGGACUGGGGCCCAAUGGUAUCCAGGUGGCCAACCCCAUCAUACAGUCUCUUAUCAAUGGAAUCCGACCAUCCACUGAAAACAUAGUUGAACACCUGGGCAGCCAGGAGAACCCAGUGAAGGACCCAGAAAAACUCCUCCAGGAGAUGGACAUCAACAGACUCCGUGCUGUGGUCUACAGAGACAUUGAGGAAACCAAGCAAGCUCAGUUCUUGUCUCUAGCCAUCGUGUACUUUGUCUCUGUUCUGAUGGUUUCUAAGUACCGCGACAUUCUGGAGCCGCCCAGCAUUCCGUCCACACCAUCUACAGUGGGUGUCAGGAUAGGCCGCUCUGCCUCACAGAUAGAGGAGGAAGAAGAAUCUGUAUCACCCAGAAGGAUUGUGACCAGACCAGAUGCAGACGUAGCUGUCACGAGGCCACCUGAGGACCAUGCUGUGAGCAGGGCAAAUGGUGAGGUGGCUGCCAGCAAGCAUGGGGAGGAGAAGACAGUGUCCUCAGGAGAACCACCUGCUCCACAGCCCACACCAGAUGACAUGGGGACAGAGACAGCCUCACAAGGAGAUGCUGACAAAGUAAACGAGUCUGAGAAGGAAGAAGAGCAAGGAGAAACCGUACCUGCAGAUGAGAAAUUGGACUCUCACUCUGAGGAAAAGAGUGAGGAGGCUAAAGUGGAUGAGGAAGGUGAUAAAGCUAAUGUCUUAAGAGAUGUUGUUGCUCAAGCAAUGGAGGAAGGAGACACUGAGAAAGAGGACACAGAAAAAGAAGAAACUGUGGAGAAUGGAGAACCCGAGACUUCUGAUCAGACUACAGAUGACAGUGGUGGGACAGAAAAAACCCAGGAACCUGUUGGAUUGGAAGAAGUUAGUUUGGAGGAGGAGAGAAGAAAUGACAGGCCAGAACAGGAUGGCAGCCAGGAGGAAGCAGAAGAGUUCCCACAUCCUGGACAUCAGGAGACAGCUCAGCAACAGCAGCAGAUACCACCACAUACUGCACCAGAUGCUGGAGACAGUGUGAAGCCGGAGGAGUUUAAGCGUAUGGAUGCAGACCCUCAUGCAGAGAAUGCCAUUGCUUCAAUUCAGUUUGCAGGCAGUGCAGAAGGUGGAGGAGGAGAUGGGAAAGAGGAACGUAAGAGGCCAGAGAGUUUUGACUUCAGCAAACAUAUGCCAGGUACUGUAGAAAAUCUACCAGCACCAGAGGAUGAGGGGACCUUAACAGAGAGAUUGGAGAGAGCACUUGGCACCAGUGCCCCACUUCUCAGGGAGAUCUUUGUGGACUUUGCUCCUUACUUGUCCAAGACGUUGAUGGGGUCCCAUGGACAGGAGCUGCUGGUGGGAGGUUUGGUUACUCUGAAACAGAGCACAUCUGUAGUAGAGCUGGUAAUGCUGCUGUGUUCCCAGGAAUGGCAGAACUCCUUGCAGAAACAUGCUGGGCUGGCUUUUAUAGAGCUGGUCAAUGAAGGAAGAUUACUGGCUCAUGCUACCAGGGAUCAUGUGGUGCGUGUUGCCAAUGAAGCUGAGUUUAUUCUGAACAGAAUGAGAGCUGAGGACGUGCAGAAACAUGCAGAGUUUGAGUCAUUGUGUGCUCAGAGCAUGCAUGAGCGCCGUGAGGAGGAGAAGUUAUGUGACCACCUGAUCAGCUCUGCCAGGAGGAGGGACCAUGUCAUAGCUACCAAACUGAGGGACAAAGUCAUCAACAUUAUGACCAACAAACAUGGUGCUUGGGGCUCUGAAGACCAGAGUGGCCAAGAGUUCUGGAAGUUGGACUCGUGGGAAGAUGAUUCUAGACGACGGAGAAGAUUUGUCAGAAAUCCGUAUGGUUCCACACAUCCUGAGGCUGCCCUUAAAGCCGCAAUAGAACAUGGCGCUGCCGAGGAUGCCGUGAACUCAGCACGGGAGGCUCUCCAUGCACACCUGGCCGCCAUGCAGCAGAAACAGCAGCAACAGCCAGACUUUACUGAUGAGGAACUCAUGGCAGUGGACGAGAAAGAACUAGAGAUUGAAUUUGCAGGUCCUGUAGCUUUGACCACUCCCUCCAAGCUAGUGGCCCCAGGGGUGGUCAUCAACGGCACCAUGUCCAUCACUAAGUCUGAGCUCUACUUCGAGCUUGAUGAAGAAGAUGCCAGCAAUAAGAAGAUUGACCAAAAG